AUGUUUGAAAAAAUUAUCCUAUUAUGCUGGGCUAUUUGGCAUUCUCGAAAUAAACGAAUUUUCGAAGGGAAGCACACUGAAGCAGUCGAAAUUGUAGCGUUCGCGGAUAAGUACUGGAAAGAACUCCAUGCUGCCACAUCAGUAGUGCUUCAGCCCGGUGUUCGAAGUGAUAGAAACUCGGUGCGUUGGGAACCCCCGGAAAAUGAUGUAGUGAAAAUCAACUUCGAUGCAACAUGUGUCAGACAACCUCUGGAUCCUACUUCGGCGGAGGCCAAAGCUGCUGUUUUGGCGGUUCAUUUAGCUCGCGAAAGGAAUUGGACGAAGGUCAUCAUAGAGGGCGAUUCUUUUGUGGUUAUCUCAGCCAUAAAGGGAACGUCUGAUUCUCGAGCGGGAUAUGGAAAUAUCAUAAUGGAUAUUCAACGUAUUAGCGAAGAUUUUGAAGAAUUUAGAGUCCAACACAUACUUCGAGAAGGGAACCGGGUGGCUCACGAAGUAGCAUCUCUAUCAAAGCAAGGCGACUAUCAUUUGUUCGAUCUUCCUCCUCUAAUACAUUCUGUAAUCUCUCUUGAAAUGUGUUAG